UUUGUCAAAUUUUUUUCUAUUUUCAAUAUUACGUCACCUACACCAGAUAUAACAUAAAGUUCACAAAAAAUAUUCUCGUACUAUAUUGAACUUGCAGGAAAGAUGUCUCUUUCAAGGGAAAGAGCUAUUUGUUAUAUAAAUAUAAGAAAAAAUAUGCUCGGAAGACAAUUUGAUCUUUUAUAAAAACAGGACAUUAAUUUAAUUUUCAAAGCCUUUAACAAACUUUCUAUUUUAUGAAGUUAUUAUAAAUUACUUACAAAAAUCAUCACAGAAAAGAGUAUCCAACCAUGUAUCAAAACCGUAUGAGGUACAAACCCAUAUUUUUCAAGGAGUUUAAUGAAGUUAAUCAUUUAUUGAAUCUAAAAGUUUUGUAAAAAUUUUCGUAGAUUCUUUACAAUACGACAAUAAGAAAUUGAAGGUCUGUUAUGGCGAUCGGUGCUUAGUACCUAUUACAUCAAUACAUCUCUUGAUCUUUGACCCUGGAAUUUCGGAAAAAUAGUUUGGCGAUUUCCAUUUGGACAAUUUUUCAGCUGUAUCCAGUUACAAGUGCGGAAGUGAAUCAGAACGAUCUCGUGAUGAGCCCAUCCCUUGCAUUUGAAUGAUGUGUACAUUAAAUACGAUUAAAGACAAAAUUGAAGAAACAUUUCAAUAUAAAACUGUGACUCUACGUUGUGGAACGAAAAAAUAAGUGUGGGAAUGAAGAAAUAGUCGUUUUGGUCAUAUUUCUGUAUCCAGUUACAAGUGCGGAAGUGAAUCAGAAUGAUCUCGUGAUGAGCCUAUCCCUUGCAUUUGAAUGAUGUGUACAUUACAAUAGGAUUAAAGACAAAAUUGAAGAAAUAUCUCAAUAUAAAACUGUGACUCUACGUUGUGGAACGAAAAAAAUAAGUGCGGAAAAGAAGAAAAUAGUCGCUUUGGUCAUAUUUGCUGUAUCCAGUUACAAGGAAGUGAAUCAGAAUGAUCACGUGAUGAGCCCAUUCCUUACGUUUAAAGACACACACGCCUUCACAACGUUGUGAAACAAAGAAAUAAGUGUUGAAAUGUAGAAAUAGUCGUUUGGGGUCAUAUUUGUUUGAAAUUCAAACAAAGGCUUCACGAUUAAAACCAACGAUUCUUCAUUAAACAAAUAUUGCAAGAAUAAAGUUUUAUCGAAACAAAGUGUACGGUCACAUAACUACAACUAGUGUAAAUGACACUGAGUUUGAGAACUUGUGGCAGGAAAUUUCAAAAGCAUUGGUUGGUCUGGGUAUUCAACAAACUGAAAUAGAUGAAGUAAAGAAAGCUCCCCUCAGUCCCAAUGAGGCAAAUUAUCUUGAAAUGUUAAAAGAAUGGUAUGAAAAAGAACAACAGUUAAUCAAUGUCGCCGAGAAAACUAGCGAAAAUGUAAAAGAAUUAAAAAAAUAUUUUGAAGCUAUGAAAAAUAAAGUAGAAGAAAUUAAAGAAAGCAUGCCAACAAAAGCUGAUGUAGUAGAAAUUAAACAAGAUAUGGCAACAAAAGCUGAUGUAACCAGAGUGAGAGAAAUGAUACAGGAUAAAACAUGCUCAGAUCUCAAGAAGCUUGGAAAGUGUAAUUUUAAUGGUCUUAUAAAAGAUCUUAACAAGAAAUACCUUGAAGGCACUAGACAAUGGUUAUUUGAAAAAGUCGACACAUUUUUUAAAGAUAGAAGUGAAGAUACUUCUAAUGUCAUGAUUUUGAUUGCCGGUCCAGGUGUUGGGAAAAGUGUGUUCGCUGCUGAGUUGUGUCGACGAUAUUCUGAAAAGAAGAAAUUUGCUGCUUGUCAUUUCUGCAGAUAUAAUAGAUCAGAUUAUAGAAAUCCUCGAAUAUUGAUAGAAUCAUUGGCCAGUAGCAUGUGUGAUACAAUAUCAAAUUUUAGAAAUAAACUGAAUGAAGAAUUACAGAGAAACCAUUCCAAAGAAUCGAUCACCGAUAAAUUCCUUGUUGUAUUAAAUAAUUCAUUGCAUUCAUUGGAAGAUCAUGGACCAAUGCUUUUGGUUAUUGAUGCCUUAGAUGAAAGCCAAGUUGAUGGCAAGAGUGAAUUGUUGGAAUUGAUUGCAGAAGAGUUUGACCGACUGCCUAAAUGGAUUAAAAUCUUCCUCACCAGUCGUCCUGAACUUUCUGUUCAAAAGGAGUUGAAAGACAUGAAUCUUGUGGAAAUUACAACUAAUCCUCUUGAUGAAAACAAUGAAGAAGACCUGCACAAGUAUUUUAGACAUCAGUUGAAUGAUCGUGUGCAGAGAGAUCGCUACGUUCUAUCGCCAUUAGUUAAAAAAUGUGAGGGAUCAUUUCUUUAUGCGUAUUACGCACAACUGAGCUUGAAAGAGGAAAAUAUUGAGCUUACUUACAAAAACAUUCAACAAUUGGUCCCUAGUGGGUUAAGCGGUGUUUACACAAAGCAAUUCAAAAGAGUAAAAGAAUUGUUAACGAAGAAAAGUCCCAGAAAUUCUGUUAUCUCCGAAACUACUUUCAUGCAAUUUCUUGAAGUGCUGGCUUCCUGUCGGAAGUUUUUACCAUUAACUUUAUUGCUUAGCUAUUUAGGUUUUUCUGGUGACAUCAUUGAACUGUUAUCUCAAAUUUUGCCAGUUUACGAUGAUUGUUUAACCGUGUAUCACAAAUCUGUAAUUGAUUGGUUGAAUUCAGAUGGUUACGAACAGCAUGAGUUUACAGUUAAUCCAAAAAAUGGUCAUAAGUUCUUAUGGCAUGCUUGUGAGAAAUUGUUUGAACAAAUUAAGUUGAUGAACAUUUUUGAAGAUCAGAUGAACAGUGCUAUGAUUAAAUAUGCUUUGAAGAAUGGAAUCUAUCAUAUGUCAGAAUGUGGUGAAACUGUUGACUUUAGCUGGGUAGUUGAUGUCAAAGUGGUUUGUGCGAGGUUAAUGUGUGUGGACGACAUUGACGUGCUUACCAUUAUGUUUGAAUUGAAUGAAUUCUAUAAGAAACUACUAACUUUAGAAAGAGAUGAACUUAAUGAACAACUAUUUCAUUUGUUUAAGACAUUAAGAUAUGCGUCAACGUUAGAUGAUAUCUUAUCUUAUUUACAAAUUAUUGCAAACGGAAUUGAUAGCAAAAGCGAAAGAAGAUUAUUGGCAAGAGAUUUAUUAAAACAAGGAAAGCUUGUUUGGUUUGAGGAUUUAGACUCAACAUAUUUAACAAACCAUCAUCAUUUGACUGUCUCCUUGCGUGCUAACGUUACAUGUCUUUGUGUGUCGUCCAAUAAAGAACUUCUUGCUGUAGGAUAUGACAAUGGUCAAAUAUCUAUUUUUGGGCUUCCUGAAUUUACAGAAAGAUGCACUCUCGGCACUGCACUCGAUGCUUCAAGGUUGGAUAAAUGGGAUGAUGUAAACAAAUUUAUGACCCUGUAUAACAUCUAUGACUUAUCAACAUCAAAGGAAUUUGGUUUUGUUCGUGGAAACGUCUGUUGUUGCUCCUUUUCACCUACCGGAAAUAGACUGGUAACUAGUGAUGGAUCUACUGAAGUAAAGUUGUGGGACGUUAACAAAGGACGUUUGUUAUUAUGUUUACAGUCAGAUGAUGUCGUUAAUCGUUGCUCUUUCUUAGAUUCUGGUUUGUUCAUUACUGCAGAAUAUGUAGAAAAUGACGAAAUGGAGCAUCAUCGCUUUAUGAACACAUUUAUAAAAGUGUUCACUGCAUGGAAUUCAUUAACUUUGGAAAGAAUCGAUCGACGCUGCGUUGUCGAUUACCAAAAACUACAAUUCACCGAUAAAUGUUCAGAGUUCUUUGUUGCAGAAUUCGUCGAGACUUCGUAUGUUUUUCAAUUCCCAAAGGCAAUCGAUAUUUUUUCUGUUCAAGAAUACUAUUUACAACCUGCAAUCUCAAAUAUAACACACCAUUAUUGUGAUUGUACUUUUUAUCAUACUAACCAGCUUGUAAAGCUUUUUGAAAUCACUCAGUUGACAAAAUACAACGAUCAAGGAGAAAUCGUGUUUCAUUUCCCAGAUGUUUGGUGUCCAUGUGUUGAUAGUUAUCUUAACAAAGUCCAUCCCAUCUCGUUUAAGGAAUUUUACGUUGUGCCGUAUUUUUCCAAGCUUAAAGUUAUCAAAACUGAUCAUCUUUGGAGACCUUCAUUUAUCUUUGAGAAAUUUAGAAUUAAAUGUUGUUGUUUUUCACCGGAUGGAUCUUUUUUUGCUGCUUUCGCUGUUGGUGACCACGUCAACAUUCAUAUUUGGAGCAUGGAACAUUGCACUAUUAUUCAAACUGUACCAAUACAACUGAAGAAUGCAUUAGGAUGUUGGUGGUCGGAUGGUUUACUGUGGAUAUGGGAUGGUUCUGAUCAUCUUAUGAAGAUAUCAACUUCGUCUGAAAAUUUUGUAGAUUCUACUCAAGCAAAGUAUGUUAACAUUGGAUUUAAACCUGUAGAAAUCUUAACAUUUGCUGAUGUCUUAGUUUGUAUUGAAGAAGAAAAGUUUGUUCAAGUUGCUAGAAUUACCAAGGGUGAGAUACAAUACAACAAAAGACUUCCUGUUGAUAGUUCAGAAUUUAAAGCAGCAGCUGUAUCACCUGAUAAUUCUGUUAUUUUAACUGUAAACAAAACAGAAUACACAAUAUGGAAAUGGAGAAAUAACAACAAUGAACUUUACUUGGAACCUUGGAAAAUACAUUUCAUUGAUGAUGUGUUAAUCUUAGGUGCAUCUCUUUUUUCAGAUGUCUCGUUCAAUUGCUUUAUAAGUGAUAAUAAACAAGCAGUCGUUACAAUGAAUUUUAGUGACGAUGAUCUGCUCUUUUAUUUAAUUGAUGAGAACGGUGAUGCCAAUUUGAUUGAUAAAUUAAUGGACACUUUUUAUGGUGUAGACGAAAUCGUACAUAAAUCGUAUUGCAUUGGAAAAUCGUUUGACGGCGCAUUGAUUGCUGCAGAUUUAAAGAAGGAAAAAAUAUUUGCUAAAUUUUAUGGAUUAGAUUCUGUAUUUGAUAUAACUAUGCAUUACAACACGGGAACUUUAGCUAUAGUAACAAAUGGUGGAUGCGGAAUUAAAUUUUUAAAACUUAAUGUACCUGAAUAAUCCACUUAGUCAACCUUUGUAGUUAUAUUAACCUAUUGUAUUUACUAACAUUAAUUAUCACUUAAAACGAAAAUAAAAAGUUCUUUAUAUCACAAAAGGACAGUUAUUUAUGGUAUGAACAACGAACUCAAAAAUAUUGCAGAAAAAAUUGUCCAUAUCCUUUGUUUUAACCGUGGAAAAACUGUCAGUUUUUAAUUAUGUAAAAAUAUCAUGAACAGAGAGAGAUUAGUUUUUUGUAAUGUGAAGUAAAGAUCUUUUUCAUUCUAUGAUUCCCGUCAACUUUCAAAUUUAUAUUUGGAGAAUUCAACACUGUAACAUUGUCAAAGUUGUGAUGAAAUUGAGAAUAUCACACGAAGAUGUUGAUUGU